AUGCUUUCAGUUUUCAAGAAAGAAGACACCAUUGUUGCCAAAGAUUUUGGUAAUUUGAGAGAUACAAUUACAGAACCUGCUAAGGCCAUCAAGCCUAUUGGUCGGAAGUCAGUCCAUCAGAUUUGCUCUGGGCCGGUGGUACUGAGUCUAAGCACUGCGGUGAAGGAGUUAGUAGAAAACAGUCUGGAUGCUGGUGCCACUAAUAUUGAUCUAAAGCUUAAGGAUUAUGGAGUGCAUCUCACUGAAGUUUCAGACAAUGGAUGUAGGGAAAAAGAAGAAAACUUCGAAGGCUUAACUCUGAAACAUCACACAUGUAAGAUUCAAGAGUUUGCCGACCUAACUCAGGUUGAAACUUUCGGCUUUCAGGCGGAAGCUCUGAGCUCACUUUGUGCACCGAGUGAUGUCACCAUUUCUAUCUGCCACGCAUUGGCAAAGGUUGGGGCUCGACUGGUGUUUGAUCACAAUGGGAAAAUCAUCCAGAAAACCCCCUACCCCCGCCCCAGAGGGACCACAGUCAGCGUGAAGCAGUUACUUUCUACGCUACCUAUGCGCCAUAAGGAAUUUCAAAGGAAUGUUAAGAAG